AUGGGAGAAGGCGGCAGAUUCCCGCUCGAGGAGUGGUUCUGGGAGAUGCCCAUUUGCACACGAUGGUGGACGACAGCUACGGUGCUCACCAGCGCCCUGGUGCAAUGCCAGUUGAUGAAUGCCUUCCAGCUCUUCUACAGCUACCGCUCCGUCUUCCACAGUGGACAGUACUGGCGACUGCUCACCACCUUCCUCUACUUCGGCCCCUUCUCGAUUGAUCUCCUCUUCCAUGUCUACUUCCUCCAGCGAUACUCGCGGCUGCUCGAGGAGUCUUCGGGACGAUCACCGGCGCACUUUUCGUGGCUCCUCCUCUACGCCAUGACGAGCCUGAUCAUCAUCUCGCCGCUCGUGGCGAUGCCUUUCCUCGGCCAUCCGCUAUCGUCGACGCUCGUCUACAUCUGGUCGCGGCGCAAUCCGGACACCAGGCUGAGCUUCCUCGGCCUGCUGGUGUUUACCGCGCCGUACCUCCCAUGGGUCCUCAUGGGCUUCAGCCUUAUCCUCCACGGCGUCAUCCCCAAGGACGAGAUCAUGGGGGUCGUCAUUGGCCAUAUUUGGUACUUCUUCAAUGAUGUGUACCCGCCCCUGCACAACGGGUCGCGCCCCUUUGACCCGCCGUUCUGGUGGAGGCGCCUGUUUGAGGGCCGGCCGCAGGACGACAGCGCGGACGCUAUCAACCAUGAGAUCGCCGUCGCUGGGAACGAAGUGGCCGCUCCAGAGGUUCGAUGA